GGGGGCGGCCCGGGAGGGGGCCCAGGGCCGGGGCCCUGCCUGAGGCGAGAGCUGAAGCUGCUCGAGUCCAUCUUCCACCGCGGCCACGAGCGCUUCCGCAUUGCCAGCGCCUGCCUGGACGAGCUGAGCUGCGAGUUCCUGCUGGCCGGAGCCGGAGGGGCCGGGGCUGCGCCCGGACCCCAUCUCCCCUCUCGGGGAUCGGUACCGGGGGAACCCGUCCGCAUCCACUGCAACAUCACGCUCUUGCAGCAUCUGAAGAGGAUCAUCUCUGACCUGUGUAAACUCUACAACCUCCCUCAGCAUCCCGAUGUGGAAAUGCUGGAUCAGCCCUUGCCAGCGGAUCAGUGCACGCAGGAAGAAGUAUCUUCAGAAGACGAAGAUGAGGAGAUGCCUGAGGAUACAGAAGACCUAGAUCACUAUGAAAUGAAAGAGGAAGAGCCAGCAGAGGGCAAGAAAUCUGAAGAUGAUGGCAUCGGAAAAGAAAACCUGGCCAUCCUAGAGAAAAUUAAAAAGAACCAGAGGCAAGAUUACUUAAAUGGUGCAGUGUCUGGCUCGGUGCAGGCCACUGACAGGCUGAUGAAGGAGCUCAGGGAUAUAUACCGAUCACAGAGUUUCAAAAGUGGAAACUAUGCAGUCGAACUCGUGAAUGACAGUCUGUAUGACUGGAAUGUCAAACUCCUCAAAGUUGACCAGGACAGCGCUUUGCACAAUGAUCUUCAGAUCCUGAAGGAGAAGGAGGGAGCAGAUUUCAUCUUACUUAACUUCUCCUUUAAAGAUAACUUCCCCUUUGACCCACCGUUCGUCAGGGUUGUGUCUCCAGUCCUCUCUGGAGGGUAUGUUCUGGGUGGAGGUGCCAUCUGCAUGGAACUUCUCACCAAGCAGGGCUGGAGCAGUGCCUACUCCAUAGAGUCGGUGAUCAUGCAGAUCAGCGCCACACUGGUGAAGGGAAAGGCACGGGUGCAGUUUGGAGCCAACAAAUCUCAGUACAGCCUAACAAGAGCACAGCAAUCCUACAAGUCUUUGGUGCAGAUCCAUGAAAAAAACGGCUGGUACACACCCCCAAAAGAAGAUGGCUAACCCUGGAGUAUCAUCCCCUUCCUCCUCCCCCAGGCACCACUGGACCAAUUACCUUUGAAUGCUGUAUUUGGAUUUCACGCUGCCUCUGGUUCCCUCCCUCAUUUUUCCUGGACGUGAUAGCUCUGCCUAUUGCAGGACAAUGAUGGCUAUUCUAAACGCUAAGGAAAAACAACAAACAACACACUGAACUGUUUCAAGUACUCAAGACUGACUACAAACCAACCACCUUGCUGGAACCCUUGCUAGCAGGCAUUCUUAUAAAGAAACUCUCAAGCCUCCUUAUAUUGCUGGAAACUCAGCUGUGCUCCAGACUAGAGCCUCCUUGCCUAUGCUAUGGGUUUUUAAUUUAUUUUCUCUUAUUUCAUGUACACUGCUUUUUUUGGUUACAGUGUAUGAUGGAUGUGUAUGAAAAAAAAUGUAUCUUUGGGAAAACAAUUACAGUUCGUUAAUUUGAAGAUGU